AUGAAGUCCAACCUUCGAGAAUUUGCGCCAGUUCGGGAGAAGGAGGGCUCCGCAGUUGAAUUGGAUGUGCUCAUUAUCGGCGCUGGGUUCAGCGGCAUUUAUUGCCUGCAUGAGGUGCGAAAGCUAGGGCUUCGAAGCGCCAUUUUCGAAGCCGGGUCCGAUGUCGGGGGCACUUGGAGAUGGAACUGUUAUCCCGGCGCAGGAGUCGACUCCGAGGCGCCUGAGUAUCAGUUUUCUAUUCCGGAGACCUGGGCCCAUUGGAACUGGUCCACAAACUACCCAACAUACAAAGAAAUCCGCGCGUACCUUGACCAUGUCUCCCACGUUCUGGAUAUCCGCAAGGACUGUUUCUUCGGUGCUGUGGUCACCAAAGCCGAGUUUGACAUGCAAUCUGGGCGCUGGUCGGUGGAAACCCAAGAUGGUCCUCGGGCUACUGCCAAAUAUCUUAUCGUUGGAUCAGGAUUUGCUACAAAACGUUACGUCCCUGCUUGGCCAGGCAUCGAUUCAUUCAAGGGGGUUAUUCACCACUCUGCUUUUUGGCCCGAAGAUGCAGUGGAUGUCCGUGGGAAACGAUGUGCAGUGAUUGGCACUGGUGCUUCUGGUGUCCAGAUCACCCAAGCUCUGGGGCCUUUAGCUGGUUCGUUGAAGGUGUUUCAGCGCACGCCAAACCUGGCGAUCCCGAUGUACCGCCGGGAGUUGAGUGUCGAAGAGCAAGAGCGGAUUAAGCCAGUCUAUCCAGAGUUGUUCCGCCUGCGCGAGAAAUGCUUCGGUGGGUUUUUUUACACCUGGGCAGAAAAGGAAUUAAGUGAAGAUUCGGAGGAGGAGCGCGAAGCCUUUCUUGAAAGCCUUUGGACAGCUGGUGGGUUCCGAUACUGGCUGGGCACAUACAAGGAUGCACUGUUCAGUCCGCAAGCAAACCGAAUAAUAUACGAUUUUUGGGCACGGAAAGUGCGUGCAAGGAUUCAUAACCCCAGUGUGCGAGAUCUUCUCGCACCAGAAGAACCCCCCCAUGCGUUCGGGAUUAAGAGGCCGUGUCUCGAGGUCAACUACUACGAGCAGUUCAACCGUUCAAAUGUUCAGCUCAUUGACAUCCGUGAAAACCCUAUUGCCAGCGUCACUGAAACAGGGUUGAAGCUUGCAGACGGCACUCAGCACGAGCUUGAUGUAAUCUGCGUUGCCACGGGAUUCGACUCCUCAACCGGUGGGAUUAUGGACAUGGGUUUACGCAGCGUACAUGGUAAGACUUUAAAAGAAGAAUGGAAGGAUUCUGUUUAUACCCAUCUUGGAAUGACAAUCAGUGGGUAUCCAAAUUUAUUCUACACCUACGGCCCGCAUGCACCAACGGCAUUCUGUAACGGGCCGACAGGAGUUGAAGUUCAAGGACGCUGGGUCGUUGAUGCAAUCAAGUUGAUGGAAAGACGAGGGAUUAAAUACAUCGAUCCCACUCCAGAAGCAUCGCGUGCUUGGAAACACCGCAUUGACGAGUUAUCAAAUCGGACCCUACUGCCCACUGUCUGCUCCACCUAUAUGGGAGGUACAAUUCCGGGGAAGCCAUUCGAACAGCUGAACUACACCGGUGGUCUGCCAGCGUACACAGAUGAGAUUCGACAAGCACUUCCUGGGUUUCGAGGUUUCGAGGUCUCCAUGCACGAGGAACGUUAA